CUGCGCGCGCCGAUUUAUUUUUAUUUUUACUCGUGCGCGGGAGGGGGCAAUUAUUACCACUGCCCUCCUCCUCUUCCUCCUUUAAAAAUAAUUUCCCUCCCUUUGUUUCCAACUGAGGGGCAGGAAAGUGUGCAAGUUUCAUAAUUUCCAACAAGUUUGUGUAUAUGUGUGUGUCUCCCUCUGUGUGUGUGUGUGUCUGUGGGAUCCUCGUCCUUUUUAUUUUUAAAUCUACUUAAAGAGAGCCCCCGUCUGCUUUUUUCGAUGUGCGGCUUCGGACAUGCGGAGGCUACUGCAACCGUGUUGCUGGAUCUUUUUCUUGAAAAUCACCAUCUCCGUGCUCCAUUACGUGGUGUGUUUCCCCGCUUUGACUGAAGGUUAUGAUGGCUCCCUGCAUGAAAGCAGACAUGGCAGUUCAGUGCAAAUCCGGCGGCGAAAGGCAUCUGGGGAUCUCUACUGGGCGUACUCAGGUGCAUACGGUCCUGAGCACUGGGUUGCUUCAAAUGUCGAUUGUGGGAAAACUCAUCAGUCUCCAAUAGAUAUCAUAGAUCAUCAGGCACGUGUUGGAGAAGAAUAUCAAGAAAUACGCCUAGUUGGUUUUGAUAAUGAAUCUUCUAACAAGACAUGGAUGAAAAAUACUGGGAAAACUGUUGCCAUCCUCCUAAAGGAUGAUUAUUUCAUCAGCGGUGCUGGGCUACCAGGCAGAUUCAAAGCUGAGAAGGUUGAGUUUCACUGGGGUCAGAGCAAUGGAUCAGCUGGCUCCGAGCACAGCAUCAACGGGAGGAGAUUCCCAGUCGAGAUGCAGAUUUAUUUCUACAAUCCAGAUGACUUUGACAGCUUUGGGACAGCAGUCCAAGAGAAAAGAAUAAUAGGAGCCAUGGCUGUGUUCUUUCAAGUCAAUCAGAGGGACAAUCCAGCACUGGAACCUAUUAUCCAUGGGUUGAAAGGUGUCGUACAUCAUGAAAAAGAGACUUUCUUGGAUCCUUUUGUGUUACGGGAUCUCCUGCCAGCAUCUUUGGGAAGUUACUAUCGGUAUACGGGGUCUCUGACUACCCCGCCAUGCAGCGAAAUUGUGGAAUGGAUUGUCUUUCGCAUGCCUGUCCCCAUCUCUUAUCGCCAGCUGGAAGCAUUCUAUUCCAUAUUUACCACAGAACAGCAAGACCAUGUCAAAUCCGUGGAAUAUCUGAGGAAUAAUUUCCGGCCUCAGCAGAGCCUGAACAACCGGGUAGUUUCCAAGUCUGCUGUGAAGGAUGCUUGGAACCAAGUCACAACCAGCAUCUUUGAAAACCCACUUGGCACUGAAGCUUCCAAAGUUUGCAGUACUCCCCCUGUUAAUAUGAAGGUGAAGCAAGUGAACAGAACUGCCUUGCUGGUGACCUGGAAUCAACCUGAAAUUAUCUAUCACCCUCCCAUUAUGAACUAUAUGAUUUCCUACAGCUGGACUAAAAAUGAAGAUGAAAAGGAGAAGACCUUCACUAAGGACAGUGACAAGGACCUGAAAGCCAUCAUUAGCCAUGUCUCACCUGACAUCCUUUAUCUGUUCAGAGUUCAAGCAGUUUGCCGAAAUGACAUGCGCAGUGAUUUUAGCCAGACAAUGCUUUUUCAAGAUAACACAACUCGGAUUUUUGAGGGGACCAGGAUAGUAAAAACAGGAGUGAAUAAUGGGCAGAAUGGAGUGUUUGGAAGGAAAAGGAAAUCAAAAGGAAAAAAAAAGAGCCGAGGUAGCAUGUCAGGUACCUCUACUGAUGCUCUUUCUGCUGUGUUUUCUUCUCUUGUUCCCCCUGGUGAUUUCUUCAAGCCUACAGCUUCUCCUGCACCCUCAGCCGACAUGGCUCCCAUCAGUUCUGGAUCUUCCACUUGGACUUCCUCAGGCCUCCCCUUUUCCUUUGUGUCUAUGGCAACUGGAAUGGGGCCUUCCUCCAGUGGGAGCCAGGCAACGGUGGCCUCUGUGGUCACCAGCACCUUACUUGCAGGCCUUGGUUUUAGUAGUAGUGGGAUUUCUUCUUUUCCUAGCACUGUUUGGCCAACUCGUCUCCCAACAUCUGCUUCAACCAAUAAGCAGUCGGCACGGCCAGUUGUUGCUACCACUGAGGCAUUAUCUUCCCCAGGACCAGACAAUGAUUCUACUCUCACAAAAGACAAUGAAGGAGCAGAGGAUGGAGAAAAGGAUGACAAAAGUGAAAGUGAGGAUGGUGAAAGAGAGCAUGAGGAGGAGAGAGAAAAGGAUUCAGAAAAGAAAGGAAAAAGUGCUGCAACAGAGACUGCUGAUGUACAGAAUAAUGGUGAAACCACACAUACCACUCUUGCUCCCAACAGAACUAUGGAGGAGGGAGGGAACGAAACUAUACCUGAUCAUGAGCAAAGCCAAAAUACUCUCCCUACAGGUAGGACUCCCAGAGGAGAAGGAGUUACAGAAACAGACACUCAGUUCAAAACAGUCUCUUCCACCCAAGUGCCACCAGCAUUCACAAAUGAACAAUAUACUCAAGAAAUUCCAAGAAGACCAGAGACAGCAUCGACAACACCUUUACCAAAAGAUAACAGAUUUAUUACUAUUAAUCCAGCAGACAAGAACAUUUCCAGUAUGGCAUCUAGACCUGCGCCUGGCAAAAUGGAAUGGAUCAUUCCUCUCAUUGUAGUGUCAGCCCUGACAUUUGUGUGCCUCAUACUUCUUAUCGCUGUGCUUGUUUACUGGCGAAAAUGUUUUCAGACAGCCCAUUUCUACGUGGAGGACAGCAGUUCACCUCGAGUGGUGCCAAACGAAACCAUUCCUAUUAUUCCCAUCCCAGAUGACAUGGAAGCCAUUCCCGUCAAACAGUUUGUUAAGCAUAUCAGUGAACUGUAUGCCAACAACCAGCAUGGGUUCUCAGAAGACUUUGAGGAAGUACAGCGUUGUACAUCUGACAUGAGCAUCACUGCUGAACAUUCCAAUCACCCUGACAACAAGCACAAAAACAGAUACAUCAACAUUUUAGCAUAUGAUCACAGUAGAGUGAAGUUAAGACCUUUACCAGGAAAAGACUCGAAGCACAGCGACUACAUUAAUGCCAAUUAUGUUGAUGGUUACAACAAAGCAAAAGCCUACAUUGCCACCCAGGGGCCUUUAAAGUCGACAUUUGAAGAUUUUUGGAGAAUGAUUUGGGAGCAAAACACUGGAAUUAUCGUCAUGAUUACAAACCUUGUGGAAAAAGGAAGAAGAAAAUGUGACCAGUACUGGCCAACAGAAAACAGCGAAGAAUAUGGCCAUAUCAUCGUUACAUUGAAGAGCACAAAAGUACACGCUUGCUAUACGGUCCGCCGCUUCACAGUCCGGAAUGCGAAAAUGAAAAAGGGGAAUCCUAAAGGACGUCAGAAUGAAAGGACAGUCAUACAGUACCACUACACACAGUGGCCUGACAUGGGCGUGCCAGAAUAUGCACUGCCAGUGCUGACUUUUGUGAGAAGAUCCUCUGCAGCCAGGACUAGCGAGACGGGUCCAGUGGUUGUGCACUGCAGUGCUGGUGUUGGCAGGACUGGUACCUACAUUGUGAUAGACAGCAUGCUGCAACAGAUAAAAGACAAAAGCACAGUUAACGUCCUGGGUUUCCUGAAACACAUCAGGACUCAGCGCAACUACCUCGUCCAAACGGAGGAGCAGUAUGUAUUUAUUCAUGAUGCCUUGUUGGAAGCCAUUCUGGGGAAAGAGACUGAAGUUUCUGCCAACCAGCUACACAGCUACGUUAAUACCAUUCUUAUACCAGGCAUUGGAGGCAAGACUCGACUAGAAAAACAGUUCAAGCUGGUUAUGCAAUGCAAUGCAAAAUAUGUGGAGUGCUUCAGUGCUCAGAAGGACUGCAACAAAGAAAAGAACAGGAACUCAUCAGUAGUGCCAUCUGAGCGAGCAAGGGUGGGACUGGCUCCGUUACCUGGAAUGAAGGGAACUGAUUACAUUAAUGCCUCUUAUAUCAUGGGCUACUACCGGAGCAACGAGUUCAUCAUAACACAGCAUCCCCUGCCACAUACAACUAAAGAUUUCUGGAGAAUGAUCUGGGAUCACAAUGCACAGAUCAUUGUCAUGCUUCCAGAUAACCAGAGCUUAGCAGAAGAUGAGUUUGUGUACUGGCCAAGUCGGGAAGAAUCCAUGAACUGUGAGGCGUUUACUGUGACCCUUAUCAGCAAAGACAGGCUGUGCCUCUCUAAUGAGGAGCAGAUUAUCAUCCAUGACUUUAUCCUUGAGGCUACCCAGGAUGACUACGUUUUGGAAGUACGCCAUUUUCAGUGUCCCAAAUGGCCAAACCCAGAUGCUCCAAUCAGCAGUACCUUUGAGCUUAUCAAUGUAAUUAAGGAAGAGGCCUUAACAAGAGAUGGCCCCACUAUUGUUCAUGAUGAGUAUGGAGCAGUGGCAGCUGGAACAUUAUGUGCCCUUACCACUCUGUCCCAGCAGCUGGAGAAUGAAAAUGCUGUUGAUGUUUUCCAGGUGGCAAAGAUGAUCAAUCUGAUGAGGCCUGGAGUAUUUACAGACAUUGAGCAGUACCAGUUUCUUUACAAAGCAAUGCUAAGCCUAGUCAGCACUAAGGAAAAUGGAAAUGGCCCCCUGGCACUGGACAAAAAUGGUGCAGUGAUGGCCAACGACGAAUCAGAUCCUGCAGAAAGCAUGGAGUCUCUUGUCUAAUUGGAAUACUGAAAAGGCACUUAAUUUGUGGAAUUUCUGAAGACUGAGUGAACUUUUUUGAGGCCUUUUUUGCCAGACUCUAGGUUAUACAAUAACCCAAUUACUUUUUUACACUGAUAAAAAGUUUUGAUAUUUAUUUUUGCCAUUUUAUGUCUUAAUGGUAUCCUACUGAGCAUUUGCACCUCUGUUUAUUUCACACAGUGAAACACAAUUUUAUCUAGUUUGCACUAUACGAUCAGUGUUAACUGCCUAUAAAGUUGUAAGACAAAGCAAGCAAGCAAACCCUGAUGACAUUCCAUGACAACAAACACGCUACUUAUUAGUUGAAAUGCCGUGAAGUUUUGUUAAUUUCUUUGAGCCUUGACUUUAAGUCUUGAAUGCUAGACAAGAAGGAUUCUUUUUGAUUUACAAGAAAAAUGCUGUACCCUUACAUACUCCAAUAUUUAUUGCUUAAUUUUCAUAUAACUUUGGUAAUUGUUAUAGGUCUUCUGUAUUCCAGUAACAUGAAUGAGUGUUCAUUUCUUCUUCCUUUCUUUCUUUCUUUUGACAAAGUGGUGGUUGAUCACUAGCUAGAGUGAAGUGCAGUAGCUUCUAGAGGUUGAAUAGUUGCUCUGCAUUGUCUUGGAUUCCUCUUCUUGGUUACACAGAAGCCUAUGAAUUGUUUUCUAUGGAGCAUAUAAAAGUACAUUCCCAAAACAUAGAGCAACUGAGAUCUGAGAUUUAGUUUCAAGCAAUGUCUUUACAGCUUCAUUGAUUCCCCAGUUGUUCUUAAGAACAUUUUAAUUUCAAUAUGGUCAUAGAAUAUUUAAUAAUUCACAGUACAACAGUGUCAGGUCAUUUUAUUCCAAGAGCAUUUAGGUAACAAUAUUCCCAGCUAUUAUACUAUUCACCAUUUUACAUUAUAUUUCAUAAUUCUUCUGAAACAGGAUCUCUAUCUUAACAGCAUGUUACAUGAUGGAGAAAGGAAUUUCUUAAUUUCAUAGCUGUUAGAUGACGUUUUUACAGGUGUGUGCUUUUCAUACUUUAGUGCUAAACCAUACUGAUCCAUAUUACUGGCAAAGUGAUCUAAUAAAAAAAAACUACCUAUAAGAGUACAUUCUUCCUCUUUUUUUAACAAAAUUAUUUAGGAGACACCUUCUGAUUUUAUAGAUUCAUUCCCAUACAUUUUACAUUAUACUGUGCAGCCCUACAGUGCAAUCCUAUAUACAUAUCUACUCAAAGUAAGAUCUACCGAGCCUUACUCCCAGAUACGUGCGUAUAGGAUUGCAGUCUUAACCUCUUUCAAACCCAAGAAAAUGGAUUUUCAUGAGUUCACUUAACACUUUAAGUUGUUUCAGUUUGCUUAAAACUGUUUUCCAAACACCUUUCUGUGCAGCUCAUUUAAGUGUGGAUGGUCCCCCUGUGCUGCUUUUUAUUUACGCUGUAAGACCGGGGAAUGAACUAAAUUCUGAUGAGCUGCUUGGUUACAUUGCCAAACCCAUCUGCAGUCCUCAAUAAGCCAUGAAUGCCCACAGGAGAAAGAUUCCAUAGGAGACCUUGUUCCUAUCAAGACUGGCUUUAAUGGCUAAAAUUCCUAAUUGUCACACUAGGGCUGCUCAAGUUAAUCCAAUUUAAAUGGCUUAUGCUUGGAGUUUCUCCCUGAAAAUAUUUGUUUAAAAAGGACGUUUUCUGCUCUGAAUUCACUUUACGAUGUCUCCAACUUGGUGUAGAAAACAUACCCACAUAUGAAAACAUUUAGAUACAGGUUGGCUUUCUCUCUCUGCCUAAAACUUCUGCACUAGGUGUUGGUGAUGAACGUAUCUGGGCUUGCGUGAGAAGGAUAUCUAGGAUCAGCCACUGGUCUGCUUGUCACUGGAAUGGUAGACCUUCUGGGCUGUAUUAAUUCGGACUGUAGGUGGGGACUCAUGCAAUGGCUCCAUACACAAAUAACUAUUUCCUGGCCAUAGAAAAUUAGAUGUCAGGCAGAAGCAUUUUAGCCCAGCGUUCUUCUUGACAUCUCCUUCUGCUUGUGCAGGUCAGCAGGGCAUUUCUUUCUCCAUCAUGUGAGCCCCAACUGUGAAAUGUUGCAUCCCAAACCUAGGUUCAGAGAGACUCCAGAGAGAACUAGGUUAUUGUGACUGGCUGCAGACAAUAUAAUACUCUGCACUCAGAUUGUGUAUGGGUUAAGUGUGGAUUGUUGUUGGAUUCUAGGUUUUUGCUGACGUAUGGCUUAUGUUUAAACCCAACUUAAGGAAAAUCCCACAGUUCACAACCCCACAGCAAACCAUGGGUUCUCUUCCUGGGUUGUUUGUGGCUAACAAGCCAUCACUUGUUAGUACAGCUGAGUUCAGACAAUAUGUAAUCCGUGCUUCAACAACAGCUCAUGGUUCAGUGACAAUCAACACUCAAUCCUUGCUCUGUCCUUGAAUGUGUGCUAUCAUGCUGUUUGAAGCCAGGCAUGUUCAAGACCUCCGUAUCUCCUCCAUGGAGCUAAAUUUACCCAGAAUAGCUCUUAAACCAACCAAACCGCCACGAAAAAUUCUAACAUUCAGUAAGGACUGAAGAGCACCAUCAUUUAUGAAAUUGUUUGCAUUAAACAGUUCCGGCCACUGCUACAAAAAUGUCCUAUAAUAUUACAUGCAUCGCUAUGCAAAAAUUUGGUAUUCUUGUCACUGCAAUGUUCAGCCUGCUUUAAACUGCAGUUUCCUGCAACAGCAGGGAGUUGGACCCGAUGGCCUUCAUGGCCCCUUCCAACUCUACUAUACUAUGAUUCAGCAUCUGUGGGACAAAACCACUUCUUCCUUUAGGGAAUCAUUUCAGUUCUCUCUGCAAACAUCUGAGGGAAUGUAUUUGGGCAUUAAAUAACCAUUCAAAAUAAAACAUAUACACUUUUAGGGAAAACUGAUAUAAAUGGCCAUCUUUCCAUUUACAAACAACAACAAAUGAGCUUUGUUAUCUCACACCUCUUGAAGGUAUCUGCUUUUGUUUUCAUGGAUUUCUUCAUAAGGGCAAAUCUGGAUUGCACCAGAUGAACACACAUUUGAAACUCUUCACCACUCAAUUUCAAGUAAUCUGGCUGUCCUUAAGUGGAAAAAUUUCAAGCUGUUGCUAUUAACAUGGGAUUUGAGAUACAUGUAUAAUUGUCGUUUCUUGUGUCCACAAUCAAAAUCAAAUACUACAUUUUCUUAAGCAAAUGCCUGCUUCUUAUAAUACUUCUAACAGUGCCCUCCUGAAAGGGUGUGAAAAGGAUCAACAUGGCAGGGAAAUUGUCCAGCCAAGCAACAGCUGCUCUGAAAUUUAUCCACUGAGCUGUUGCUUAUAAUUGUUUGUAAUCACACAGUUAAGUGCCUCUGUCACAUUGCUGCCCAUUUUAAAUUUACUCUUGAAGAUAUCCAUGUGGCAUUUUAAAAAAUAGAGUCUUAAACCGCAGGAAGAUCCUGCUUCUGGUUUGACAAGUCUACUGAGAAGGCACUUCCUUGGAAAGUGAGAUAAAAGGGGCAGCCCCUCUUGCUCUGAACUCCAUCAGCACCAUGUACACAUUCCACCUGUGGGAUGAAGGUGCCAGUGUUCCCAGCCAGUAGGACGCAUGGCGUGAAGCUCCCCGGAGGGGGGUUGAAUGAGGCCAUUGCACUGUGUCAGAGUUAAGAUUGCUUGUCCAGGAGCUGCACUUCACCAUCAAACCCAUUUCUAGUCAUGCCGUCUGUCCUGCUUCUGCUAGGACAGAGAGGCUCUGCUUGCAUGGCAUCAGGGACUGCAGGCCUCCCAUUGCUGGCAAUGGGCGCUGCUUCAGGAAAUUACAACUUUUGAGCAUGAGAUUCAUUUUGCUCAUUUCACAUCCAUGAUUUUGUGACAAGAAAUGGAUUGGUUCAAGAAGUUUAAAGAGGCAUUUAGUGGCACAUGUGUGUUUGUGCGUAUGUUUUCAUGUUGACUUUAUCGGUUGCUUUCAUUUCUGAUUUUGUGGAGGGGAUGCCACAUAGGAAAAUGAAUGUGUUUGUGACAAGACUGCCUGGCUGUGCUGAAGCCACUUUCUUAAUCUUGGUACCACAUUGUGCAGGAAUAUGUUUGGGUGUAAAGUUUAAGUGAAAAUUAGACCAGCAUCGCUGAUGUUUGGCUGUUUGCAAAGCCAGUGCCAGAUGAAUUGAUGAUGUAGGAUUUCCUGUCAUAUUACAUAGGACUUAGUAACAAGUCUAUAAUUUUCUUUAACAUUCAAUAGCCUUGAUAUUACAUGGGAAUCAGGCUAUAACUUAACAUUGCAUUCUGCAGGUAAAGAAGGGAAUAAUAAAGAUGCAUUCUGGGGGAAGGGUCCAGUUUAAGAAUGAGCUUCAUUAUCUAAGUUCAUGAUGACAUGAAAAGCUGCACUUCCCAUUUGGUUCUGGAGCAGCCAUAUUAAAGAAGGGAUGGGCGCCUUGUGGUUCUCCAGAUAUUUUGGUUGCAAUUCCUAUCAUCAAUGGCUACUGAUGGGAAGUGCUAGCCAAAUCAUCUGAAAGAUCUUACAUUGUCCACCACUGUAUUAAAGAUUUGAAACCAAAUCCAGAGUAAGGCAGGACCAAAACAGGUGUGCCUGUAACUGUGUGCAUUUAUUCAGCAUGCAUCUUUGUUAUGCAAAUAGAGAGAAGCCUGAGGAAUCUUGGGUUCAUGUGGGGGUUUGACCCUUUCUCCCUGCCCCAGAUCACAUGAAAAAUCAAAGUAGUCGUUUUUCAGAAGCCCUUUUUUCCAGAACCAUGGCAGGGACAGAAAAAGAAAUGCCCCCUUUUCUCUCAUUCUUCAGCAGCUCUGAAGUUUCUCAUGCUUCUUCUCAGCAUCUAUUUACAUAACAAAAAGUGUGCAUUAAUUGCAGUCACUACAGUUGUCCUUAAUUGAAAUGGAAAUCAAUGGAACAAGUUAAUCAAGUCCCAUUAAUUUCAACUGUAUUUCAGCCCAACUAACUUUCCCUGGCUGGGGUGGUUAGGGUUGUUCCAAGACAAACUGCUUAAAGAUUAUUACUUUCUUUAUUUUUACAUUUCAACUCUGCUUUUUAACCAGUGGAUCUUGCAGCUGCUUAUCUAAGGAAUAUUGUAGCAUUGCUUAUCAGCAGAAGUUCUGAAUCUAUAUGAACAGAUUAGUAGUCUCAGAUUUGGAUGAGAGACUGAGAUACUUGGACUUCCUGCUAGACUCAAGAACUAGAUACUUCAUAUGGGAAAAAUGACAUCCUUGUGAUGUUGCCUGGAUCUUUAUUAAUUUGAAAACAUACAUCCUUUCCAAUAUUAGAUGUUCUCAGAGAAUUGAACAUUUAGGCUGCAAUCCUAUACACAGUUACCUGGGAACAAUCCCAUUUAACUCAAAGGACUUACUUCCAAGUAGAAAUGCAUAGGAUUGCAUAAGACUGAUGUUUGACUAUCCUGGCCGGGCUAAGGUGAUCUAGAAGCAAAGGGAACAUGAAAUGUACCAUAUUGUUUCCGUCUGUCUUUUGGUAUUUACCUUACAAGCCUGGAAAAUAAAUACAAGUAAAUGCCCUGAACCCUCAAGCUAAAGGAAAGGGCAGAGUCUAAAAAAAAAAAAAAAAAAAAAACUCCAGCCAUUGGUAUUCCCAGCUUACAGCCUUGGGGUUCAAACUGCAUGAUUUACGUUAUACUUUUUUAAUUAUUAUGGCAGUGAAUAUGAAAAGCCACUUGCAUAAAUUACGUUCAUUACACAUGCACAUUGCAGGAGGCAAACCAAAACGUUUAUUCUGACAAAAAAAAAUCGUUUAGCAUUUUGGAGAGACUGUUCAAGCGAUGAAUGAGGCAAAAGAUUGUGUGUGUGCAUAUGUGUGUGUGCAUGCAAGUCCAUGCACAUGCAUCUGUAUGUGAGAAAAACAUACUUUUAGAAUACAUUCUAGAGUUAGUGCGAGCAUAAUCAGAUGGGCAAAGUUUGCGUCUUCAUUCUCUGAAUGAUUUCUGAGAAAGCUUCAUUGGAAUGCUGUCAAAAUACUGUCCCGUUUUAAUGACAUAGCACAAUGACCUUGUUAUGAAUACCUGUUUUCUUUAAACUGCUACUGUAUUUUAAAGUAGAGAUAUCAAUUUUACCAAAGAAAAAUACUAAUUCUUAGCAAAAAAAAUAGUAAAAAUAUAUAUAGUGGAAAAAUUAAAGAAAAAAUAAGUGUAGUUGUCUUAGGCUGCAAUCCUAUACUCAGUUUCCUGGAAGUAAAGACUCAGUGAACUCAUUGGGACCUACUUUUGUGUAGACCAUGUAUAGAAUCGCACUAUUAAAGACUUAGCAGUCGUACUCUCAAAAUUCAUUCUCUUCUGCCACCCACUCCUGUGAUAGAUGGUUAAAUUAAAAUGGUGCCAGUGAAUUUUAUAUGAAGGGGAAAUGUCUCGUUGCUUAUCCACUGCAUUUCAUUUAUUUUCUGUUUGAGAUAUAAUUCUCUGCUCUUGUCAAUCCUUUGAGCUUUCUCUCUUGGUUGCCAUUAUAAACAAUGUAUACUACAUUGGCUUUGCUUAUCUAUAUAGGGAAGGCAUGCAAAACAAACAGGAAAGAGAGCGUACACAAAGAAACUGCAAUGGAAAGACUUGGCCUCAGACAUUGUCUUAGCUGUUCAACUGUUUUUAGUAUUUUUGUUAGAUAUUUGCAAAGGGAAGCCUUUUCUACAGAGGAUAAUUAAUUAAUUUCAAGAAAAAUGUCUUGAGUUUUAAGAAUAAACAUGUCUCCAAAAGAGGAGAUCGUCAAUUUUAUAAAAUGUCACAACUCUCCAACAUUUGGGGUAGUGACCUUUCUUUCUUUUGUUAGACCUUUGAAACUAGCAAGCAGCCAUUGUUUCUAAAGAACUAAGUAUUCAUCUCUAUCCAUUAUUUUCAUUUCUUUCAUUUUUAAAUAGCAGAAAUCAUUAAAACUGUAAAUAUUUUGUUGCUUGAAUAAGCAUCUUCUGGGAACUUUGUAUCUAUGGUAUAUAAUCAUAGAAUUUUAUAUUUUCAUAUAAAGCUAAUUUUUUUCUAGUUUCAACUUCUUCAUAGUUUUUUUUCUUUUGUGGUGGAUAUGUGAAUACAUAUUUUAUGUGUAUUGAAGUAGUGAAAUGCCAUCACAUUCCAAAAAGAAUUCAACACAAGUUAUUUCUUUGGGACAGUGAUUGUCAAUGCUGGAUUUCUUUAAAUUCCAUUGUCAGUGUGUGCAAUAGGAAUUAGACUUAACCAGUCACUGGAUAAGUUUGUCUCAUUGACCCAUUGGGGAUAUGUGGUGUUUGGUUUGGGGGGAGUUAUUAAUUCCUUUGGUUUUUUGUUUUCCUUUUUUGUAACUUGAAGAAUUUCCUUUUGUUAUGUUUAAAAGUAUAUCAAAUCAUUCUAUUAUAGUGUUAUUUAAUAUGUAAAUUGUAUUGCUAUACAUAAAAUAAAGUAUGGUUUUUGAUGUAUUUACAA